GGAAAAGAAGCCCGCCAUGUGAAAAUUCUCUUCAAUUCCUAGACAAACCCUAAAUCACACUGUACCUUUGAAUUUGGAACCAAAAAGAAAUCUCUAAAUUUUCAGUAACGCCAAAUCUCUAAAUUUUCAGUAACGCCAAAUCUCUAAAUUUUCAGACACACUGAUUCAUUUUCGUUUUAUUUUUCGGACCCUCCUUGUCUUCUCUAUCCAUUAUACAUAAACAUGGCAACCAUCUUUCUUCUGCACCCAAGACUUCAAUCCCAUCUUCUUUCAUCUGUGCGUUCUUUCCCUCUCUUCCAAAUUCACAUCACAGAAGGAACAAAAGAUGGAGACUCGUGCCGCCUCAAAGAGAAAGGCAAACGCUAUGGUCUUGGUCCAAAAACAACACCCCAAAAGGCAUAGGGUUUCUUUGGUUCAAGAUCCUCCCAAAGAGAAAUUGCAAGGUGUGAAGAAUCCCAAUACAAAGAAGCAAUCUUCCACAAUCCACCACUCUUCUUCUCCCCGUACUGAUGAAUCCCUCUUUUCCCAUGUCUAUGAGUAUCUUCAUGAAAUGGAGAUGCAGAAAAAGAGGAGACCAACUGUUGACUACAUUGAGAAAGUUCAGAAAUUGUUUACACCAACCAUGAGAGCAAUCUUGGUGGAUUGGUUAGUAGAAGUGGGUGAGGAGUACAAGCUUCUUCCAGACACUCUUCAUCUCUCAGUUUCGUACAUUGAUAGGUUUUUAUCGGUUAAUCCGGUGAAUAAAUCCAGACUUCAGUUGUUGGGUGUUUCCUCCAUGCUUAUUGCAUCCAAAUACGAGGAAAUUGACCCACCUUGUGUGAAUGAUUUUUGCAGCAUCACUGAUUACACAUAUGACAAGGCAGAGGUUGUGAAGAUGGAAGCUGACAUACUGCAGUCACUAAAGUUUGAAAUGGGAAAUCCUACUGUGAACACUUUUCUCAGAAGGUUUGCUGAUAACGAAAUGACUCCAAAUUCACAGAUUGAAUUUCUGGGCCGCUAUCUUGCUGAGUUAAGUUUGUUGGAUUAUGAUUGUUUGAAAUUUUUGCCUUCGGUUGUGGCCGCAUCUGCUGUAUUUCUUUCUAGAUUUCUUAUUUCGCCUGAAGUGCAUCCAUGGACUCCUUCUUUGAGUGAAUGUUCUGGUUACAAAUCAGCCGAAUUGAAAGAAUGUGUCUUAAUUUUGCAUGACCUGUACUUGUUACGAAAAGCAGCAUCCUUCAAAGCUGUCCGGGAUAAGUACAAGCAGCAAAAGUUCAAAUGCGUUGCAAAUCUGCCUUCCCCUCCUUAUGUACCCAAUUGUUACUUUGAAGACCAGGGAUGCAGCAAAUUUUGUGAUGAAUUAUCUCUUAAGUCAUGUUUGAUAAAGCACAUGGUUUGAUCAUUAUUUGAACAGGCCUGACUUUAGAAUUUUGAUGCAUAGAUUUGUCUUUAAAUUGCAAGAGUGAGCAGUGAAGAUAUCAAUGUUCAAUGCUCAAUUAACAUAUCUUAGAUUGUAGAGCUUCUUGGUCAUCAUUGAGGCCUUGAAGGAAACACAGCAGACUAUCAUGAUGGUCACUGCUGAAAAAUUAUGACAGUCUUUCAAUAACAUGUAUUAGGAGAAUUAUAGUGCAGGAUGAUGUGAACAUUGCAUACACCUUGUAAAGAAUCUUUCGAUUUCUCUUUGA